AUGCGGUGGUUCGGGCGGUACAGCCCUGACGAGAAGGCCCUGAGCCGCGCGAGCCCGGCCGUGCUGGCUGGCUGCGCAGACCUCAAGUCCGAGGACGACGUCCUCUUCCUGGAGCGCCUGCCGAGCUUCAACGGCACGCUCGGGCCGACCGACAGCGAGCUGCUGCUCACCUACCUGACCGCUCCGUACCUGCGGGUGCCAUUGUUGCUUGGAUUCUUCGCCGAACGCCACCGCAUCUCCCUGCUGCGGGAGCCGCAGCUCCAGGCGAUCCUGGACGCCGCGCUCUUCGAGCCGGGACCCUGGCAGUCCGAGCGAGACGAGGCCAAAGGCCCCCCGACGAUGGUGCCGGCUCCUGACCGCAGCCACUUGGGCACGCCCGCGGGCCUCCUCUUCAACGAGCUGCUGAAGGCCCCGGGCCCGGUCCUCGAGGCGCUGCUCUGCAUGCUGCGCGUGGCGGUCGAGAAGGACGCCGGCAGGCCCGACUCUGCGAACGAGGGCCUCAUCCUGUAUUUGGUCAGGCUCGCCGUACGGGUGGAGGCAUACCUCGCGUUCCUCCUCGAGCGCGGCGGGCACGGCGAGACUGCGGGGCGCAGCGGUGCGGGCCCCCUGGCCUUCCUGCGCGGGCUCGCGGGGGCGGCGAGCGAGAGGCUGCAGGCGGAGCUGCAGGCGGCCCGCGCGGCGCUCCGCCGCGAGCUCCAGGGAGACGUGCUCCACAUGCUGCGCGGCUGGGUGUCCUAUGCGGCGGUGGCCAGCCGCCGCGCGCGUCUGCUGCCCGCGGCGUGCCGCGCGCACGCGCACCUGGCCCUGCUGUUCCGCAGCGUGGCGCCGGAGAAGCUGGGUGCCCAGGAGGUGUCCCGCUGCCUCUCCGCGCAGGUGUUCCUCGGCUUCAACCACCGCUGGCAGGACACCGACAGCAAGGACGCGGAGGAUCGCCUCGGUGUGGGCGAAGUCGAGCUGUUCGAGGCGUUCGAGGCCAAGCGGAGCGGAUUAACCCAGUGGCUCCGCGACCGCGCUGGCCCCGAGGCGGACGAGGUGCUCGAUCAGGUGGAGCAGGUUGUCACGCUGCCGAGCGGAACCGAGGCCGGCGCCGCGAGCCCAGAGGCGCCGGUCACGCCGUCGGCCCAGGCCAAGCGGUGGGUCGAAGCAGGGUCGCAGCAGGGCGACUUCGUGCCGAGCCGGGAGGCGGCCCCGCCGGGGUGGUUCAAGCCCCGGCCCGAGGAGGCGUUCCGGCCAUGGAUGAAGCGGGUCACCCAGGGCCCACCGGGUAGCAGCAGGCAGGUGUCCCUCAACCUGGGCCAGUACGGCUCGAGGCAGGAGGGCCUGGAGCUGCUGCCCGUCUGGGUGCUCCGGUCCGAGGACUACGUGCAGGCCUUUGGCAGGACCGACGCGCACUGCGUCGAGCGCGAAGUGGCAACCGAAAGGGUGUGGAAGGAAUUGGUUGGCCAUGGCCACUCCCUGCAGCUCUGGGAGCCUGAUACUCGCGGGCUCAGUGGCGACGCGAUGGCGCAGCCGUGGCUCUCCGACCGCAGGUACGGCCCGAGUGAGCUCAGGAGGGACGAGGCCUGGGUACGUGACAUCCUCGAGCCUAUCCGGGCCAGCGUGCCAUCCAUCGGUGACAUUCCACUCUACGUGAAAGGUAGGAUCCCGAAUGGACCAGACGCGGAGGUCACACUGAUGGGUGUGGUGGGGGAUGACGGCCGAGGAAGCCAUCCGGCAGGGCAGCUCAAGGAGAUUCGCGUGCAGCGCUCCCCAGCACUCGUGGAAGUAUACAACGUGGUGGAGUACGGCCGCCAGUUUUAUCGAACGCUUGUCUUCACCUCAAAUGCCAUGUGGUCUUUCUACACGCCAAGCACUGGGGAGCUGCUGCUCUACAGCGCGUCCACCUCGAGCUCCACUCUGGCUGCAGGCGAGGCUGGCGCAGUGGCGGAGGCUGCGAGGAGCGUGCUGGUCCUGCGGAGGCUGGACGACAGGCUCUCGAAGCAGCUGCACGUGCCGGCGCGCUUCCUCCGGGGCCUGCUGCCGGAAUGCCUCCUGGAACGGUACACGUUUUGGCGCUGCGAGGCUGGCAGCCUGGCAGGGUGCAUCGUGGGCGACGAGCGCGACGGGGCAUGCGACAGUCCAACGAGGGUGACCUUGUCGAUCAAGCGGGCAAAGGACGGCGUCGCCGCCGCGGCCACCAUUCGGCGCUGUGCGCUCGUGGCGCCGCCAGAGCACGUCGGUCCCCGCGGCCGUGUACCAAUUGCGCUCUGGCCAGAGGACCCCGCCUCCAAGCCUGGGGUGCUGGUCAAUCUGCAGCGGGGUGCCCACAAGCUGAUGCACUUGCUGGCUAGGCUAGACAACCUCUCGCACGUGCUCGCCUGGACCAGCGACGACGGAGGCGGCCUGCUACGUGUGGAGUUCCCGCGUCUCCGUCUCUCCUUCACGCGCAGGAAUGACCAGCUCCAUUGCGACCAGCACCGCGGGUUCUGGCUGAUGGACCGGACGUGCCUGGCCGCCACUGAGCGGCUCCUGGCGCAUUGGGGCGGCGGCACUUUGCUUCUUGUGAACGUCGCCGGCGAGAUGAUCGUCCUUGCCUCUGCCGUGGCCGAGCCGAUACGCCCACGCCUGGGCGACUUCGGGGAGGGUCUGCUGCCCUGCAGGCUGGUCCUCCGGCGCGGCGACCCUGGCUGGGUAUCGAACCUCGAGGAGGGCUGCCGGCACUACUACUACCGCGUCCACCCUGCAGGGACCUUCGCGCUGGCGCCGACCCUGGCCGCGGGGCUGUACCUCCUCCUCUGCCGCUUCUUCACCUGGCACUUCGCCGAGAUCGUCGCGAUGGCCCGGACGGUGUCGGAGGUCGCCAGCAGCGAGGAGCGGCAGCUCUGGGACCGCCUGCACCUGCUGGCCGCCGCCCCCUACCACGCGGACGCGGUGGCCUGCUGCCUCCACCUCGCGGACGCCACUGCGCCCUUCACCGCCGAGGAGCCCGACGCGGUGUCCUGGGACCUCAGGCGGCUGCUGCUGGAGUACGUGCGGAAGCGGCACCUCGUGUCCGCGGACUGCGCGCUGCCGCGCGAGCGCGAGCUGGCCCUGCUGGACUCGCUCCUCCAGGGAGCCUCCAGCCAGGCGGUGUCCCUCGAGCACCCGGUCGAGCUGGCGGCGCGGCGCGUGGUCCUGCAGGCGAUGCUGAGGGAGGCCUCCGAGGGCGGCGCCAGAGCGGCGUCGUCGUUGCAGGUUUCGGUCCCCAACCACCUGGGCCCGGGGACUGCCGACGCCGGCUUCGACCGCGUCGUGGACAGGUCCUUCACGGAGGACGCCCGGCUCCUCGAGAAGAUAUCCGCGACGGUUCAGGACGUGGCCUAUUCCCGCCCCGAGGCAUCCAACAUGCAGGGCACCGAGGCGAUCGGCUUCCUCGACGACCUCCUGUCCCCGGGCGCGAUUCUGACCAGCGUGCCCUUUGCACUUCUCUACGAGCUGUUCACGAAGACCCUCCGGGUCGAGGUCGUGGUGGGUGACGACGGCGCCGCGCUCGCCUCCAUCCUCCUCAGGGUCGUCGCCCAGGGCGCCACGAAGAGCACCAGCACCUCCGUCCUGAGGGCGCUGGAGCUCAACCCGGGCGUGUGCGACCAAAUGCCCAAGUGGGGCUCUGGCGACCUGAGCUGGAGCUUCGGCAUCGGGAGGUUCACGUUCGACAAGGCCUCCUCGUCCAAGCUGCAGAAGGCCGCCUGCCAGACGCUGAGACAGCUGCAGGGCUCGCUCGCCUGGCCGCGCGACUUCGGGAGCGUGCCCUCCGCGGCGAGCGAGGUGGUGGUGGCGGCCGACGUGGACCACAUCCGGCACUGGACCGCACCCCUGACCGCCGACGUGCGGUGCGCCAGGCGGGCGUUCGGCGCGCGGCAGGGCGUCGAGUUUGGCGGCAGGCCGCUGGAGGCCCUCGCGAGCAGGUACGCCGUGGUGGAGAGAGAGGAGAAGAGCGGACCUGCGCAGGGCGCUCUGGACACGCAGCGUGCGCUCGAGCAGCUCUCCAAGGACCCGCGACUGCAGUCCCCGAUCUGCAGGCAUUCUCUCGAGCGCUUGCUGCAUGAUCUGCAGCUGGUGAACAGUUCCCCGACGGCACAAGUGCACCUGGGCCCCCCACAGAAGCUCGCAGAGCGGGCGGCGUCUUUGUCAACCGAGCUGGCUGACCUGUGGGAGCAGGAUGCGCAACAGGUGCAGGAGAUGGUGCCACUCGUGGUCGAGGUAGCUCACAGUGGUAGCGCGCUGGCGACUUUGCAGCGGAAGGGCGGCUACCUCACGUUCGUCACCUUCAAUUCGUUGAUAGCCCUGCUGAUGGCAGAGGAGCCGGACGCAACCAGAGCCUUGCAGAAGGUGAACGCCACAAUGUCCGACGAGGAGGUUACGACGCUCUUCGAGAAGGUUGCCACCGUGCUCUGUCACACCGUGCGCAUGGGCCAGAUCUCACGGGCGCAGCAAGCUUUGAGGGACCUGCUCGACGAGCUCCACAGCGGCAGUGGCGAGCUGGCGCUGGGCCUGCGAGCCCAAGCGGCGGCGCAGCAGCUGUGCCUCGGGAGGCACUGCGCCAGCGCUGCAGCGGAGGACGGGAACCCAGCGGCCCGCCUGCAGAGGUUGGUGAGGGGCCGUGGCAGCUCUUCCGGGAGCGACGCAGUGCAGGUUUGCUACGAGCCGAGGCUGUUGGUCUUCGAGUUUCUCUUCAACGUCUUGCUCAGGAAGUCGCAGGUGAAGCUGCUGGACACGUUCAUGCGCUCCGCGGAGUCGGGCAAAUCGGUGUGCCACCAGAUGAUCAUGGGCGAGGGCAAGACGACCGUGAUCGCCCCGCUUCUCACGCUGCUGCUCGCCGACGGUAGUAGGCUGCUGUGCGCCUGCAUGCCCGCCUCGCUGCUCGACAUGUCGCGCUCUGCAAUGAUUGAGCGCUUCUCCUCGCCUGUGCUGCCACGCCCGGUUCUGACGCUGCGCUUCCACCGCCAGACCCUCGUGAGCUCCUCGUUGUGUGCCAAGCUGGAGGCCGCGCAAUGCAGCCGAGCGGCCGUAGUCGCGGCGCCAGCGUCGAUCAAGAGCGUGCUCCUGAGACAGGUGGAGCUCAUCCUGUCGUUGGGCGAGCUUCGCAAGCUGCGCUUGGCGGCGGAUGCAGGCGCGGCGGAGAGGGCAUUCUUCCGGCUGCCGGCCUGGCUCGGGGGCAGCAAAGGCGGUUCUUCGCCAGAGCAGUUUGGCGGCUUGGUGAACCGGCAGGAGAAGGCCAGGGCCGAGGAGGUGAGGGUCUGUGGACGGAUCUUGGCGCUCUUCCACAGGGGCGUGCUGCUGCUGGACGAGGUCGACCUGCUCCUGGACCCCCUCAAGAGCGAGCUGAACUGGCCCCUGGGCCAGAAGGUGCCCCUCGACCUCACGGACAUGGGCGCCGCAGCGAGGAAGCAGCAGGGGUUCCGCUACAGGCUGCCCUUCUUCCUGCUGGACGCCGUGUUGGCCGCGGCAGCUGGCCAGCCUGAGAGCGCGGUCUUCGCCGCGCGGAGGAAGGCGCAGGAGGCCCUGGUCCUCCUGACGCAGCGCAUCCGGGCCGGUCGCAGAGAGCUCCUGUUGCAGACCUCGCCGCACCUGGUGCUGUUCUCCAGGGAGCACUACGCCAGGGAGCUCCUGCCUCCCCUGGCAGACUGGACCGCCCCGUACGUCGAGGCACAUCUUGAGGGUGCGCUCGGCAGCGUGGACCUGCACCGCCUGCUGAAGCUCCGCGAGCCCGACGAGAGCACGCGGCAGGCGCUGCGAGGCGCGUCCGAACUUGCUCGAAAGAUUAUCAACCUGGCAAUCAGUUGGCUGCACACGCUGCUCCCUUACAUCCUGAGCAGGGUGCAUCGCGUCUCCUACGGGCUCCUCACGGGCUCGCACCUCGAAUCUGCUCGCGCGGGCGGCGGCUGCCCGCUCUCCCGCAGGCUGCUCGCCGUGCCUUUCGUGGGCAAGGACGUGCCGAGCGCCUCCUCCGAGUUCUCCCACCCCGACGUGACGAUCGGCUUCACCAUCAUGGCCUACCGCAUGAACGGGCUGCGCCAGGCAGACGCGCACAUGCUCCUGAGGGUGCUCCUCGACGAGAUGAGGGCCGAGAGCACCGUGCGGUACCACCGCCGCGCGGCCUGCCGGGCGUACGUGGACAUGGUCACCCGCGCCGGGGGCGUGGUGCGCGGGUUCACCGAGGACGGCCGCUGGAUGGCCGACCUGCAGGACGAGGAGCAGAGGCGGCGGCGGGACGCGCUCGCCAGGUCCGCCUCGCAGCGCGGGGCGGCGGCGGAGGAGGGGCAGCGGAGGGGCCUGUGGCCGCUGGAGCUGCUCGACCUGGCCGACCCGGAGCAGAUGGACGUCCUCUUCGGCCUGCUGGGGCGCUCUGCCCUGGCGGUGCAGUACCUGCUGGAGCACUACACCUUCCUGGCAGGGACGCUGGAGCGCCACGAGUCGCAGCUGUCGGCUUCGGGCCAAGAGCUGGCGGGGCCGCAGCUCUUCGGACGCUGCCUCGGCUUCAGCGGCACCCCAAACAACUUGCUGCCGAAGCCGAUGGGCCUCUGCGCGUACGCCCGGGGAGACGACGGCAGGGUCCUGUCGACGCUCAGCAAUGCCAGCGUCGUGUCGGUGCGUGAGCUGGGGCCUUGGUCUCCACAGAGCUUGCUGGACGAGGUGGCCGCGGCCACGAACGGCGCUGGGGGGCCGAGGUACCAAGCGUUAAUCGACACGGGCGCUCUCAUCACAGGCAUGACGAACUUUGAGGUCGCAAAGUAUCGAAGACAAGGGCCUCGCCGGGAUGGAAGGCGUCCUCUUCUUGAACGAGCGGGACGAAAGGAUGGUGCUUGA